AUUACUGUAGCCUUUCACAAUCAGCCAAUCAGCCCUCCCCCUGUCCAAGUGGCGUUAAUAACCAGACACAGAGAGAAAGCUACGGAGCAGAUGAAGAUGAAUCCAUGGACCCUCUCUGUGCUCCUGCUGCUAGCUGGGCCGCUGGGGGCGGACCCUGACUGGCACGUGGAGUACCCUGACUCCUUCUGCGUGGUGGAGGGCUCCACCGCCACCAUCCCCUGCAGCUUCACCCACCCCAUGGUGAAGGAAGCUAUUACAGCUCCACCCGCGGGGCUGCGGGUGGAGCGGGUGGUCUGGUGCGCCAAUCUUGAGUUCUGCUGGCACCCUGUGUACAACGGGUACGACAGCAACAGCGUCCUGACCAGCAGCAGGUUCCUGUACCUGGGGGACCUCGUCGGGAACUGCACCUUGAAUAUCACCAAGAUGUUGAAACGGGACGCUGCAACGUACCGCUUCCGCAUCGAGACCAACGGCGUAGGGUGGACCGGACCGAAUGGAGUCAGAGUCAACGUCACUGAUGGAGAGGAUGUGAAGGUCAGAAGCUCCGUCACUGACAAUGUGGUGAAAGAGGGCGGUCAGGUCACACUCACCUGUACCUCAGCCUGCUCCUUCCACCAAUUGGACGUCCACUGGUACAGAAAUGGCCACGCCCUUUCAGAGACAGGCCCCGCCCUCCACCUCAGCCAUCUGACAAAUGGCGACACAGGGAAUUACACCUGCUCUCUGGACUCCAGUGGGCAGAAAACCUCUUCGCCUUGGAGUCUGGUCGUGGUGGAAGAUGAAGGAUUCCACAGGUCCGUCCACCUGGUGGUUGCCGUGGUGAAGGGCGUGGUGUUGGCUGUUCUCCUUCUCCUCCUGGCUGGGGUUGUCCUCGCUAAACGGUGCUCAAACAAAACCAAUGAAAUCUAAAAAAGCUGUUUGUCGAUAUGAGACAUUGAAGUUGAUUUAAAAAAACAUAUUUGAACGCGUAAAGAUAAAGUAGAAAUGUUCACGUCAAUAAAUGUGUUGAAGGUGAUUGUAUUUUAGAAUAAUUAUUUUGUCAUAUUAGAGUUAAUUCUAUUGCCGUCCCUGUGGGCUGUGGCUGACGGCUGGUCUCAGCAGCCUCACCUGGCCUGAGUCAGACUGAGAGACUCUGGGGCUGGUGGGGCUGCACACCUGUUGUGUGUUGGCUAGUCAAUGCUCACAGGUUAAACCAGCCGUCACCACACACACUCAGGAGAUCACCUAGAUGGCAGCACUGAUCACCAUCUUCAUGUGUCAGGGACUUCAACAUCCGCAAUAAACCGGUUUGUACUUCAUCA